GGAAUUCGCGAAACAAUGCGGUCGCCGUACGAAGAAAGCGCUGCUGCCGCCGACCACAAGUACCAAUACCAAUACACCGCGGCCAAUAAUAACAAUAAUUACUAUAAAAACUAUAAUGUGAAUGGCAAUGGGCAGGCGAAUGGAAAUGGGUAUAUAAGUGGAGGUGGAAGUGGCAGUGGAAAUGGCAAUGGCAAUGGAAAUGGAAUACCUUAUCACGCGCGCGAGAAUUCGCUGCCGUUUAGCUAUGGGAUAGCCAAAACACCAACGCCGCUGCGCAAAACACCAACGCCGACGCGUGUGGAUAGUUUUCUAGAUUUUGAUUUUGGAACCACUGGGAAUGCGGGAACUGGCAGUUCGAGCGAUAUGAUAAAGCCCCCCACCCGGCUGACGAGCCCUUUGCUGGUGCGCAAAACGCUGGGCAAUGGUGGCAGUCCCACCAGCCAGACGAACACCAAUACCAUUGCCAAUACGUACCAUUACAGGUCGAAUAGCGCUACGCCGACAACUUCGACGCCGCUGAGAGAUAAUUUCGAGCAGCUGCUGCGGGAGCGACGCGAAAAGGUCUAUAACGAAUAUAGGAACAUAGACAGGGAGUCAUCAUCGUCGUCGUCGGGGGAGAGGGCUAGAGUGGCCCCCGCUCCACCCCAGAGGCAGUACUAUCCCAGCGAUUCAUAUGGCAAUGGCCUGAAGAAUGGAAGCAAUGGCAACGGAACCCUAUACCGAAAAAGUCCCUCGAAUGGUAAUAAUAAUGGUCAAUCCAGCAAAUACAACUAUGAUUUUGAGUUCAAUUUGAAUCUGGAUGAUGUCAAACAUGAACCUUUACCAGAACCCACUCCCUAUACCACGCGAAAUAUCCAUUUUGAGGAUCUGCGACUGGAUCAGGAUGUGCCAGAUGGCGUGGUCAAUCGCCGGACCAUGGAACGCAAUUAUCACACAAUUAACAGCUUGGAAACGACCCACAAACGCCAGCCGUUGGAGCAACUGGGCGCCGUUUAUGGCCAGAACCACAUGGAGGAGACACUCACGCGCACUCGUCGCGAUCUCUCCGCAUCCACAUCGACAUCCAAGUCCACCUCGCCAUUGCCAUUGCCAUUGCCGGCCAUAGCUCCAGCUCCAGCAUCGCCCAUCUAUGCCACCAGCACGAAGAGAGUGAGCAACCCAAAUACCAAUGGCCAUCAGCAGAUGACGACGCCUAGUCCCACCAGCAGGCCAGAAACGCCCGCCUUUCCGGUCACUCCGCGCACUCCUUUUGGGGCAUCAUCAUCCUCCUCGUCUCUGUCGGCGUCGGCAACGACCCAGUUGCCCCCGGAGGCCAUCUACCAAACAGGGCCACGAAAUGGAGUACCAUUUGCGCCGCAGCCGCUCGAGGUGUCCGCCGAUUCCGUGAGAUUUGCCCGGAGUUCGGCCAAAUUCUGGUACAAGGCCAAUCUUACACGCGAGGAUGCCAUCGCCCUGUUGGCCUCCGCCCAGCCGGGCACCUUCUUGGUGCGGGAUUCCACCACGUACAAGGACUCCUAUGGUUUGGUGGUGCGGGUGGCUCAGCCGCCUGCUGGCUCCCAGGAGCUGGUGCGUCACUUCCUCAUCGAACCCACGAAGGGAGGAGUGCAUCUGAAGGGCUGCGAUGACGAGCCGGUGUUCACUUCACUGUCCGCGCUGGUCUUCGAGCAUUCCAUAAACCAGCUGGCCUUGCCCUGCCUGCUCCGGCUGCCCGAUCGGGAUAUAGUGCCACCGGUGAGGGCCACCACGCCGGCCCAGCAGCAUCUGCUUGCCCACGGGGCGGCCACCAAUGUGCUGUGGCUCUUCUCCUGCGACACAGAAUCGCUGACCGGGAAUGAGGCCAUCCGCAAGGCCAUCCGGCAGAUGUAUGCCCAGCAUCCAGCGCCGCAGCCCACGGAGGUCCACUUCAAGGUCUCCUCGCAGGGCAUCACUCUUACGGAUAAUACUAGGAAGAAGUUCUUCCGCAAGCACUAUACGGCGGAUGUCAUCUCGCACUGUGCCAUCGAUCCGGAGAACCAGAUGUGGACCGGCGAGGGGGAGUCGGACAAGAAGACCAUCUUCGCAUUUGUGGCCAGGAGGUCGCACAGCUCCACGGACAACCAGUGCCAUGUCUUCUGUGACCUGUCCGUCAGUCAGCCGGCGGCGGCGAUUGUCUCCUUUGCCAAUCGAACGCUGCCCACCGAAAAGCUGCGCAACUACGUCCUGUAGGCAGGGGGCGUGGCACGGGUCAACAGGUCAGCGGGCAGGAUUCCACCGCGGAGUGGAGUGGCGCACAAGCAGGCCAAUGGAUUUAGUCGGUUAUGCGGAGGAGGAGCCCAGUGCUGUAAGAUGUACUAACUAAUCACUUUACGAAAUUGUGUCUUGCGAUAUAAUGAGCUUAACUACGAAUAUGUUAACAGAAAUGAUGUCAGCCGUAGUUUAUUUAGACACGCACACACUCAGAAGUCGGCGAUAUUUAUGGCAAAGCUAAAACAUAUGUACACCCAUGUGAAUUAUCAACUCGAAUUUACUAAAUGAACAGUGGGACAAGUGGAUUCUCGACUCUGAUAACAUUCAUUGGAAACACCCAUUCAUUAUUGUUUAUACGCCCAGGGUAUAAACAAAGCCAUGAAGAUUAUAUAAGUUUUGGAUCGGAUCCACUUUAAGGAAUCUCGAACCACUGUCCAGAGGGUAAAGAUCAGUCCAAAGUGAAAUUGAUCACCGGAGAGUUGACGGUUUAUUAGCAAAAACACAAUGGAUGUGUAUAUAAUUUCGAGUUGUGUGUUUUUAUUUAGGGUGCGCUUGUCAGACAAACGGAAUUAAACUAAUCUACCGCAUAAUUUUAAACCGAUUAAUGUUAAUUUAGAAAGUUGUUGAAUAAAACCCAAAAGUGCAAGCUAUCCCAGGCAGCUUGUUCCCUAAUUUAUACCAGUAAUAUCUAUAUAAAUAUAUGUAUACGCCUAAGCUCUACUAAUGCAGUCAAUAUAAAUAAAGUGCAAUGUUGUUAAAUGGA